GCAAUAAAAGCUUCGGCAAAGGAAAGCCUCUUUUUUUUGGCACACACACGAAAAUAAGAAGCGAAUGAAGCCGUGAGGCUUUACAAUAGUUUCUACGAAAAAUCAUACCAGCAGGCAUCAUCAUACACACGAAAGUCUUGUCAUACGCAGCGGUAGUUUUGUUAGCGAACGAUGUUGUAAAGUGAAUAUAUAUUCUGUAUAGUUUUUUUCGAAAGUGUAACACGUUUUUGCGGGAUAAGGUUUUUUGUUUUUUGGUCAAUGUUUGUGUACCGUUUUGUAAAUGCGCGUGUAUUGAAAUAUUGUGCAAAAGGAAAGUUGUGUCUAUUGUUUGCUGCAAUCGUGGCUGACCCGACGGAGCCCAAAAAGGAACAAACGCUGUGUAGCAGUUUUUAGGUUCUUUUUCCCCCUGGUUUGGAGUUUUUCCCUCCCCCUUCAGAACCGUGAAUCUGUCCCCCUGCACGCGAGGGCGUACCAAUUGACCGUGUGUGUGCUACGGCUGCAUUACACACGGGAACACGGGGAAAAGCCAGCCUUAUGCACGGGGAAAUGAUGGUGUGCGGUUCCAACGCUCAGAUGUGACAAAGAAGCGCCCUGGUGUGUUAGAAGAAGCGUUUUUUUUGGUGCGAGAAGCGAGAAGGAAAGUAAGCACAGAAGCUAAGCAAAAAAAAAGGCACAACGCAAGCGUUAAGCCCUCCCCCCACCCCCCGUGCGGGUUUACAAAAAGGCGUACAAAAAAAAGGAGCAGCAGAAACGCAAUUUUUGGAGUGUUAUUCGCAUGUUACCAUGCUCUAGUAGAGACAGCGCCAGCAGCCCCCUCUUCCUCGUGCAGAGCAUUUGCAAAAUCCAGCUUCCCGUUUGCCCACCCCCCGGCCCGCAAAAAUUCAGGAUAAACAAACCAUAAAAAAAUGGCGUCAACUGAUCCAACGAAAUCAUUGUUUACUACGCAAACGGAAAAACCAAACCAUUAUACCUACCUAAAGGAAUUUCGCGUCGAACAGUGCCCAUCGUUUCUGCAGCACAAAUGCAACCAGCAUCGGCCGUUCGUCUGCUUCAACUGGCACUUUAUGAACCAGCGGCGGCGGCGUCCGGUUCGCCGACGGGACGGUUCCUUCAACUACAGUGCGGACAAUUACUGUCCGAAGUAUGACGAAACGACCGGUAUCUGUCCGGAUGGGGACGACUGCCCAUUUCUACACCGUACGGCGGGUGAUACCGAACGACGGUACCAUCUGCGCUACUACAAAACGUGCAUGUGCGUCCACGACACGGAUGCGCGCGGUUACUGCGUAAAGAAUGGGCAUCAUUGUGCGUUUGCGCACGGCAUACACGAUCAGCGACCACCGGUAUAUGACAUUAAGGAGCUGGAAGCGCUCCAGAACGUGGAGGACCCGGGCGAGGGUUUGAACGGACCGAACGUGCUCGACAAGGAGCGCAACCUGAUGAACGAGGACCCGAAAUGGCAGGACACGAACUAUGUGCUGGCGCACUACAAGACGGAACCGUGCAAACGUCCGCCGCGUCUUUGCCGUCAGGGUUACGCCUGUCCGCAGUUUCACAACAGCAAGGAUAAAAGGCGCAGUCCGAGAAAGUUUAAGUACCGAUCUACACCGUGCCCGAACGUGAAGCACGGUGAGGAAUGGGGUGAACCAGCGAACUGUGAGGCAGGGGACAACUGUCAGUACUGUCACACGCGAACCGAGCAACAGUUUCAUCCGGAAAUUUAUAAAUCGACCAAGUGUAACGAUGUGCAGCAGGCGGGCUAUUGUCCACGUUCGGUAUUUUGUGCGUUCGCGCACGUUGAGCCGUACAUCGUAAUGGAGGAGGAUUCGCAAGCUAUUGCCCUAUCGGACAUGCGCUCGUCUGUAUUAUCGUCGGGCGAUGGUGGCGGCGGUGGAGGUGGUGGACCAACCGGUACUGGUGGUAAUGGUGCCGGUGGUGGAACCGGUAGCGUACCCGUCGGUGGUGUCAUUGCACCCGGCGUACUCGGCGGCAACGGUGGCGGUGGAGGAGGAGCCGGCGGAGGAGGUGGAGGAGGAGGAGGUGUGGGCAACGUUGGCGGUGGUUCACUCGUGUCGGCUGUAGUCGGAUCGGGCAGUAAAAAGGAUGCCCACGAUUUAACGAAUUUUUCCUACUUCCAGCUACUGCCGAACGGCAGUGCCGAGAGCAGCGAAUCCGCUAGCACUAGCAGCCUCGGCUCGAACAACAGUUCGCACAACAAAGCACCCGGGUCACAUCUGCAGCAACAGAAGCACAACGCUGCACUGGUCGGUAACGGGCACAACGCUGGAAAUCCGCUCGGCGGGUUAAGUUUACUGAGCAACGGUGGGCCAACGGGUGCGAACAGCGGUAGUGCCAACACUGGUUCAAUACUAUCGAAUAUUGAUUUUACCCAGGAUCUACCGAAACAGAUGGUUGCUAUUGACCAUGAGCUGACGCUGAAUCCGGUCGAACGCGAACAUCAAAAGCGUAUGGCGUGUUUGACGUUCAAUAUGUUUAAUGUUGGUUCACCGCUCGAUGGUGGAAUGUAUGAUCUAGCCAGGCGUGACAAUAUGCACGGUCUCGAGAAUUCAAUGUCCGGUCUCAUGUCAUCGGGACUGUUACCGAGCAGCUCCGCACCGGUUAACAUUCCAGGCUCAUCGAUGGGAAAUUCAAUUUCCGGCAUCCUGCAAGGCACAUCCGCACCGGUGAAUAUUCCUGGCAGCUCACUCGGCCACAACUUUAGUCCGUCGUCCCAUUCGAACCUGUUCGGUUUGCACGAUCCGUUCGGGACGCAUCACAUAGGGAGCGGUUCCGCACCGAAGCUUAGCAACAACUCGUACGGACAAAACCAUACGGACAACUUUUUCUUCCAUUCGAAUAACAUUAUCUCGCCCGUGCUCGGUGACGGUCUGUCCGCUAGCCCUGAAAUAAGAAGAAUGUCGGAUCUGAAUCCGCUCAGUAGUGAGCUAAGCAGUAAUACAACGAAUUUGCUGUUUGCCGAUAAUCAGCAUCAUCAGGGACCGCAAGCGCAACAACCGCAGCAGCAUCAUUUACAUCACCAAGCACAACAGUCGCAGCAGCAGCAGCAGCAGCAACAGCAACCACCAUCACAGCAGCAACAGCAAGCGCAAAAGCAGCAAGCUUCACAGCAACAGCAGCAACAGGUGAUUAACUGGGAGGAGCGCGUACUGCAAGCAACAACCGCAUGCGAAGCAUGGAAAGCACAAAUGGAGGAAAGUAAUCGCAAGACGGCCAUUGCGGAGCAGCAACGUGAUGAGGCGCUCUCGCACGUGAAAGCACUGACGGAAAAGUUGGAACAAAUGAAAAUGUCCGGGAACGGGUGCCCAUCUAACUAUCGUUCGUGCGAUCUGCGCGGCAUGCCACUGGCAAAAUUGAAAAGCAUUCAGGCCAAACUGCGGGAGGAAAUCGAGGAGGUGGAAAUAGUAUUAUACCAAGAGACGGCCAACAAGUGUAUGAAGUGUGAGGAGAAGAAUCGCUCGGUAACGCUCGUGCCGUGCAAUCACUACGUCGUCUGUGAUACGUGCGCAACAACUCAGCGCGAGUGUCCUUACUGUCAGACGCCUGUCACGCCGAAGGCGUAAGGGGAACCCGGAUACAGAAGCCUCGGGCCGUGAAGGGGAGGAUCGUCAUUAUCAUAUGGUAGUCGUCUGUCUGCCAUAUAUACACGGUGGCUAACAAAGACUUACGUUUGUGCCCACGUUUGCACGGUCUGCUUGCUACAAAGGGAAGGUGCGGAAGGGCGAAAGGGGGAAGAAGGGAUCGGUAAUGGUCCUUGAAACGGUUGGAAACACCUUAUACUAUAUAUAUAUACAUUGCAUAUGCACUAACACUAAUCAACUAUUAAUUUUGUGGGUCGUCGUGUCGGAAGGAGUAGGAAUUGUGCGAAUUGUGGUUUAUUGCGAUAUAUACAUAUAUAUUUUUUAAAAAAUACUAGCUCUCCCCGUUUCGUACAACCUUUUAUACGAGAGAACGAUCUUGCAUUUAUCAUAAGUUUCACUUUUACAACCCUUGUUUUUUGCUAGGAGCAGCUUCUAUAUUGGUAACACUGGUAAAUACCAGCGUUUUUAGUGCAUUAAAUUCCUGAUAUAAUUCCCCGGGGUAAACGAUAAUUCCCAACUCGCUUUGCGAUAGUAUUGUACAAACAAAACAAAAGAAGGGUGUAUAUGGGCAUACAAAAUGCUCAACUUGUCUCCACAUUAAACAGAUCCAUCAUGACACUCUCCUCCCCAACCCCAUUUUCCAUCCCCUUCCACGCAAACCCGCCCUUGCCCCGUAACAAUAACAUAAUUAUGAUGAAGAAAAAAAAAACAAUUAAGUUAUUACUUUGCACGAUUCUGCAAACAGAGCAAGUACACCGAUAACUAAUCAGAAGAUCAUAUACAAAUCCGACACUUGGAUAUAUGACGUAGAUGUUUUAAAAACAAAUAUUCCAGUAUAAUACUUUAAGGGGGGACAGCUUAAGAUAUAUACUAUAUAUUUACCUACGGUUUAUGAAGAGAAAUAUCCCGAAACUAUGACAAGAAAUUGUGUACAAGAGAUAGCGCGAAAAGGAGUGAAAGAGAAAUGAGCAGGAUCGAGUGAUGCAGGUGUAAUAAUUUCGAUCUGGGAGGAUUUUUUUCGUUUUUGUUUUGGUUUUUUGCGCAUAAGCGUUGGUCUAAAUGUUUUCGAUUUAAAAAAUAAACCGAAACCCCCCGGUGUGUACAGUAGCGCAGGGAUUGUGUGGAGAUAUAAACAAACAAACAAAAAAAAAACCACAAAAAUUCAGGAACGACAGCAUAUAGGGUAGCUAGCCUAGGGAACAGCCGUAUCACAGUUGGCGACGCUGUUUGAAAUUGACAAUUCAACGCUUUUUUAGCUUAUAAAACUACAACGUUAGGAAUGAACUCGAAUAAUAAGAUCCAUCAUGCAUCAAUCGGCAACCAAACGGCCCAAUUGUGUACGUGUUUCCGAAUGCAAAUUUCAAAUUCCUCUUUUUGCAAGUUCGCUGGUUUGCAAAUAGGUUUUGCUAAGUGCGUGUUUACGACGGUCUGUAAGCGUAAGGCAAUGCCUUGAUAGGAAAGAUAUUAGCACGUAACGUGGACGGGAAGGCGAAGUUCGGGUGUGUGUGUAAAGAGAACUCUAAAAAGGGUGCAAAGUUGAGUGAACACAUGUGUAUUAGAUAUUUAUACGGUAUGCGACGAUGAACAAUCACACGAAUAAUUCUUAAUUUAUGGCAGUCUCGCAACAGCGGGAAACAAUUGAAUGCAAAAAAAAAAUAACAGGGGACGAUCGAUUUUUUUUCUUUCCUCUUCUUAGGUAGCGCUUGUUGAUAUAUCAAUGAUGUAUCGCUGAGUUUUUAAAUUUAUUUAAAUUCUACGUAGCUUAAAUCGCUAUUAUUACAACCUGCCUUAGUGCUAUUUUGGUUUUCUUUUCUUUUGUUUUUUUUGAAAUUCAAAUAUUUAUCAUGAUCUCUAGAUAAGUGAGAAACAGAUUACAAAAAACACAGUGCAUUGGAUUCGGAUCUCAUUUGUAGGGAACAUCACAUUGUAGGGAUUUCUUUAGUUUUUUUUUAUUAUGAACAAAACACCCAGUUGAUGCGAUGCAAACAGAUAGAAUUGAAGUUCAAAAACAUUUUUGUUGUUGAAAUGAUUUUAUGUACUUUUUCUUUUUCUUCUUAUCGGCUUAACAUUCUACUAGAUCAGGUAAAUCAUUUAUGGCUCAUUAGACUUAUUUUAAAAAAAUGGUUAAUGUCGUAUCUAAAAACACCGCCAUUCGGCACAUUGAUGGCAAAAUUAUCCGGAUAAUCUUAACUAUUUUUAUUCAAGUGUAUUAUUCCCUUUGGGUGCCGGAUUAAGUGCAUUUCCAUCCCCACAAUAGAACCUGCUAAGCUAAUCUGUUUUGCUCAGUGUACUACGCAGUUUUUAGUACACUUUUUAGUACACUUCUACGCAGUAGGAGUUUUACCGUGAAAAUGGCAAUUGUAUAGCGAGAGAGGUUAAAUAGAUUGGAUCUAAAGUCAACCGAAUUCCCGUAGCGCAUCGAUAUAGCAAUAGUGGAUAAAGUAAUAUCAUUGGUUUACAUUUAGCUUUAUUAUUAGCUCUUAUUCUAAUCAUUAUUUUUUCUUUUGUAUUGGAAGAGAACGGCAUUUAAAUCGGUGGUUUAAAGUGUAGUGAUUAUAUCUUUCUUUUUCUUUACAAUAUGCGAGAGAAGCCAAGCACAUUAUAUACACACUUCUACAUUUCUCACGUCCCAGAGAGAAUAAAAAAAAAGGAAAGCAAGAAAGAGUGAGCGAAAGGGGAAGAAGAGAGAUAAACACAUAAAAAAACGAACCGUUCAAUAAUGAAUGUUGAUCAAACCAUUGAAGCACUUUCAUUUUAAUAGGUAUAUAAAUUUAAUUACACCAUGUUCAUAUCACCACGUAAAAAUAAUACGACAAAGACGUGUAACUAGUUCACAACGAUUUUUAAUUGUUAAUUUGCAAACAAACUUUCAUCCUAUCUUACUAUGUGUAAGGAUUUAUUCAAAUCGGGAAAAUGUUAAUAUUAUAUCUGUAUAAUUCAAUGUUGAAAUGUGUAUAAUUAUAAGUUCUUUGCUCUUAAUAGUCCAUGAUUUAAUAGUUAAACACAUAUCAACAUUAAAUAAUAAAGAUACAAUGUUUAUGUUUCCCUUUUUUUCCAUUUUGUCCUUGCACUUGGUAAGAUUGCAUAGAAGUUAUUACCUUAAAGUAAAUAGCUUCAUCUUAUUUUAACCCUUUUGCACUACCAGCAAAGAUGAAAUAAUCGUACAAAAAACACAAGAACAGAUAAAUAAUCCGCAAGAGAGCGAGAGGGGGAAUUCGAGAGGCGAUUCACUUUCACUAACAAACAAAUAUCAACAACAAAAAAAACGUCUAUCGCUCCAUAUAGCAGUGCGAGGGGUUAAUUGUAGCAAACAUACUCGGCCAUGAUUGUCUUAAUCUAUGAUUGUGCAUAAGUCAAGUAAAAUAGAACGCAAGUUAAAAGGCAAACAUGACCGUAGCCCUUUCUUUUCAGUGUAAACAAUUCAGUAUCGGUGUGUAAUAUGUAGCAUGUUUAUAUGGGGUUUUUUAGUUUCUAAAUCAAAUUUCCUCAAAGCAUCAAACAAAGCAUUAGUGGAGCGAUUCAGAACAUAGUAAACAUAUAAAAAAAACCAAACCGAAAUACGAUAGAAAGGAACGGACGAGAAAAUGCAAAGGC